GAAAGAGGGGCGUCUGCGCUGCUGGCAGAGCUCUGCUCGAACUGAUUCCGUCCGAUUCCGACGUCGUAGUAAUAACUUGUUUGGUGGGCAGUACGCACAGUCCAGUCCAGCGGAGAACCAGUCCCAGUUCCAGGCAAAACACGCUCUCUAAUCCCCGCAAAGAUCGGCGCGAAGCGGGCGAAAUCUAAUCGGUUCAAUAGGGUUGCCUGCCAGAUAAUGCGUGGGCAGGCCCGAGUUCGUAGCUAAUCGCGGCCAACAAUUGGCAAGUGGAUCAACCGGUGGCAGUGGGCCAUUCUCCGUGCCUAGAUAAACAAAUUCCGCAGAGGCAGUCCGUCCUCAAGUGCUGCCGUUCGCUGGAAGUGGCCUAAGUGGUCGAAACUAAGGGAAACUCAGCCUCGCCUCGAAUACAGCUGGGCAGGAAAAGUGCUCUUCGGGUUUAAAAGCAGCACCAGCACUAGCUCUUGCUCCAACAACAACUACAACUACAACUACAAAGACGACUCCAGCUGCAGCUAUAGCAACAACAGCCAGUGCCAGAGCGAUCGAGCCCACAAAAGAGACGACGACAAAACAAAGAAGCAGGCGAACAAAGAACACAAGGCAACAAAAAGAACGGGACAGAGAGGCGCAAAUACACCAGCGCCAGAUACAAGAUACCAGAUACAAAACGAGUCAGUCGCAGCAUAGAUACAAAAGUAGUGCAUCCAGCAGGACCAUCUAUUCACGGGGGCGCGGGACGAGAGCCCCGAAAAGAAACCAACAAAGUAAAGCGCUCACUCAGCACGACUGUGUUCAGCCAGCGUAAACACGACGAAAUUGUUAAUUAAGACGCCAAAUGUUUGGCAGACUUCGAAAGUGCAAAGCAGAGGAGCCGAGCACUAAGCAGUGAGAGAGUGCGCGAUCGAUAAGCGUGUGGGUGCAGUUCGUAUCUGUGAGAGUGGUUCCGUUUCCACUGUAGCGCGCAAUUCGCCUAGCCCACCGAAAAUCAGCUGGUGCCGCAUUAUAGCUCAUUUCAAGUGCAUGCUGUAUGAGAGCGCUCCCGCUCUCGCCCUACCACACAGUCCCACCCACACGCCCCUAGUUAACCGCACCGCACCACGUUAUCAGUCAAUGCCACUUCUCUGCAACUGAUUCGGGGGAGCGCAGUGGCAAGACAUCUAGCACCAGCGAUUAGGAGACCCUCAAAGGCAAGUAGCAAGUGGAAAAGUAUUAGCGGUUCCCACGGGUCUUGAGGCUCACGACGAGAGAUUACACCCAAAGUCACAGCACAAUGCCUUCCGCCACAGACCCUGAGGUGACCUUACCUCCCAGGCAAGAAUCCGAUCGCACAGUGGCACCUCAAAUAACCAAAUCCCUCACUCUGAACUCAUCGCGGAGCGGGGUGGGUACUGGAAACUUCGGAGGCUUUGGCCUGACGAACGGAUCCGAGAAGCCUACUGUGCUGCAGAUGAUUCUCGAGGCCUUGGGCCUGCGCAAUCAGGCGCAAAACCGCGAGCCAACGUCCAAGGAUAUCGGAGCCCUGAUAAUGCUGGGCGUAAUAUUUCUGCUCUUUGUAAUCAGCGUGACCGGAUUCUUUGUAAUGUGGUUCACCGAGUACUACAACAACACCAUGCUUGAAAAUCUUAUUCUUUCCGAGAACUCGGAGACCGCCAACAGUUGGCUAAACCCCGAUCCCAAGUACGAUACGCUGCUGAAGGCACACAUUUUCCACUACCCCAACAUCGACGACUACUUGGCAGGUCGGGCUGAUAAGAUAAAGGUCGUGGAUGUAGGCCCCCUCACCUACCAAGAACACACUAUCAAAGAUGAAGUUUCCUUUAACAAAAACUUUACGGUUAGCUUCAGGGAUCGCAAGUCGUACAAGUUCCUGCCGGAGAAGUCGUCUAUUGGGGAGCACGAAGUGCUGAGGGUGCCCAAUGUGCCCCUCAUAUCUGCGGCCGGACCCGUUAAGCGCAUGAAGUAUUUUGAACGAAUAUUUGUCUCAGGUUUGAUCCAGCAAUUCAAGGAGCCACUCUUCAAGAAUCUCACAGCCUCCGAAUUUCUCUGGGGCUAUGAGGACAGCAUCAUUAAAUUAAAGUCCCUGGGACGGGGACGGCGGCGCUUUGGCCUUUUAAUGACCCGCAACGGAACCAGCGUGGACUCGGUGCAGCUGAACACGGGCGAGGACGACAUCAACAAGUUCAGCAUCAUCACCCAGUUCAAUGGAAUGCCCCAGUUGGACUACUGGGAGGGGGAGGAGUGCAAUCGCAUUGACGGCUCCGAGCCCUCGAUGUUUUCACCGCAUUUGCUGCAGGAUCGCAGUACUGUGCAUGUAUUCCUCCAGGUCCUGUGCCGCAAGGUGCCGCUACAUUUCGAAAAGGAGGUGACUAUCUACGACGACAUCGAUGUUCUGCGCUACAAGACACCAAUGGAUGUAUUCGCCAACCCCAAAAUAAAUCCGGCGAACCAGUGCUACUGUGAAAACACGGAGCUGUGCAUGCGCAGCGGCGUGAUCAACGCCACCAAGUGCUACGGGGAUGCUCCCAUAUUUCCCUCUUUCCCACACUUCUUCACGGGCGAUCCGGUGCUAUACGAGGACUUUGAUGGGAUCAAACCGGAUGCAGAUAUUCAUCAGACCUAUGCCGACAUACAUCCUCGAUUCGGCUUUCCCAUUAGCGGAGCCUCGCGCGUCCAAAUUAACAUCAUGUUGGACAAGACGCCAAUACUGAGAAAUCAGGGCGCUCGGCUGAAGAAUGCCACCAUUCUUCCGCUGAUGUGGAUCGAGAUCACCGCAGGUGACUUCUCCAAGGAGGUUAUUCAUACGUUGUAUCUAAGUACCUUUGGCCUAAAUGCCAUUCAGCAGACUCUCAAGUACGGCACGCUGCUCAUAUCGGUGACAUCGUUCAGUCUGAUCGUGGCCUCAGUAUACUACCUGAAUAGCAGGCGGGAAGAGCAGCUCCAGGAGAGCAAGUCCUCCGCUGAGCUGGAGGCACUAAACGGGGAAAUCGUCGUGGUGCACCACAUCGACAUGCCUGUUCCAGGGCCGGUUCCUGCACAAGGGAGCAACCAUCGAGCAGCCUGAGCCAUGAGAUCGAAUAGUGCCAUUAGUUAGUUAGUUUUUGGGCGGGUGGGGAAAGUUGUUCAAACUUUUAUGAGAUUUUCGAAUUUGUCAGUGCCUAUAGAAUAGAUCUUAGACAUUAGUCUGCAAAGAGUCGCCAGUUACCUUUAGUCUGUAGUCAUUUGAUGUAUAUAAGCAAAAACCGUUAAAUAAACUGUUCAUAACAUGAAA